UUGAUGAAGCGAACUCCUAUUUUCAACGCUAUUGAAAACGAAAAAAUCGAAGUUGUCAAAGUUCUCCUUUCUCGUGAAGAUCUCGAUUUGAGUGUUGUUGACAGCGAAGGACACACAGCUAAAGAUGUCGCACUCCAGACAAAGAACGAAGAUAUUAUUAAUCUUCUUUUAAAUAAAUGA